AUGGGUGAUAAUAACAAUGUUUGUUUCACAAUAGCUCCAUGCAAUAGAUUUCCGACACAAGCGACCUAUUCAGCUGGCUUUUCGCCGCACGCUGUGGCAGUAGCCGAUAUCAAUGGAGACAGCAAACUUGAUAUUAUUGUCGCAAGCGCGGGUCCAACCAACGUCGGUGUUCUCCUCAACAAUGGCAAUGGCACGUUUGCUGCUCAAGUGACCUAUUCAACGGGCAGUGUCCCGGCUUCGGUGGCAGCAGCCGAUGUCAAUGGAGACAACAAACUCGAUAUUAUUGUCGCAAAUGCCGGUUCAAACAACGUCGGUGUUCUCCUCAACAAUGGUAAUGGUACCUUUGCUGCUCGAGUUACCUAUUCAACUGGCAUUAACCCAUCUUCGGUGACAACAGCCGAUGUCAAUGGAGACAACAAACUCGAUAUUAUUAUCACAAACCGGAGUUCAAACAACGUCAGUGUUCUCCUCAACAAUGGCAAUGGCACGUUUGCUGCACAAGUGACCUUUUCAACUGGCACUGACCCGCGUUCUGUGGCAGCAGCCGAUGUUAAUGGAGACAGCAAACUCGAUAUUAUUGUCGCAAAUGCCGGUUCAAAAAACGUCAGUGUUCUCCUCAACAAUGGCAAUGGCGCCUUUGCUACUCAAGCGACCUAUUCAACUGGCACUAGCCCGUCUUCGGUGACAGCAGCCGAUGUUAAUGGAGACAACAAACUCGAUAUUAUUGUCGCAAUCGACGGUUCAAACAACGUGGGUGUUCUCCUCAACAAUGGUAAUGGCACGUUUGCUGCACAAGUAACCUAUUCAACUGGCACUAGCCCAUAUUUUGUGACAGUAGCCGAUGUCAAUGGAGACAGCAAAGUCGAUGUUAUUGUCGUAAACCACGCUUCAAACAACGUCGGUGUUCUCCUCAACAAUGGCAAUGGUACAUUUGCUGCUCAAGUGACCUAUUCAACUGGCACUAACCCGACUUCGGUGGCAGCAGCCGAUGUCAAUGGAGACAGCAAAGUCGAUAUUAUUGUUGCAAACCUCGGUUCAGACGAUGUUAGUGUUUUGUUAGCUAAUUGCAACUGA